AUGAAACGGUCGAGGUCGUCAUCCCUGGCCGAGCCCGACACAGCCUCCUCUUCAAAGCAGAAGAACGACAUCACUCCAUCAGCAGACUCUGACAUGGCCUGCCCGCAUCUCAGUGCCGCCUUCACGGCGUUGGCCCCACCUCGUCCUUCGCAGCAAGUGCACAAGGAAGAAUGCACGCUCUGCUUCGACGAUCAGGAUGGGUCUAACGGCAUCGAUGUCUGUAUGUUCUGCUUCAACGGAGCAUGCAAUGGCAACGGCGACCGCGAGCACUCACGCCUUCACUUCGAAAAGACCCAGCAUGCUCUGGUCGUCAACAUUCGCCGCACACGCCGCCCAGCACCUCCACGGGUGAAAGGAGAAACUCCUUCCAUGCCCACAAAGCUCGCCAUUUCGGCUGAGACGGACGCCGACAAAUACGACUACCACACCGUCCCACGAUGUCUGGCUUGCGAUCCCAGUGGGCCAGGCAAAGAUCUGCCUGUCACUGACAAGCUCGACGAAGUCAUUCGGGGCAUCAUGACUGCCAUGUCUUCAGCUCAGCAAAGCGAGGUCAAGGCGUGGGAGGAGGAGAUCGUGCCCUGUCAGCACACACGAGAGCUCGUGCAGCCCGGCGAGCCGAUGAAGCUGGAGCCUUCCGGACUAGCCUCGUGUGGCAAGUGCGACCUCACCUCCAACCUCUGGCUCUGCCUCACGUGUGGCCAUCUCGGCUGCGGUCGAGAGCAGUUCGGCGGCGUCGGCGGCAACAGCCAUGGUCUGUCUCACUUUGAAGAGUCCGGUCAUCCCGUCUCGGUCAAGCAAGGCACCAUCACCGCCGAAGGCAGCGCCGACAUCUACUGCUACGCAUGCAACGACGCGCGCAUCGACCCCAAUCUCGCACAUCACCUCUCCCACUUUGGCAUCAAUGUCAUGGACCUCUCCAAGACCGAGAAGAGCAUGACCGAGCUGCAGAUCGAGCAGAACCUCAAGUUCGACUUCAACAUGACCGGCGAAGAUGGAAAGAUGCUCGAGCCUGUCUUUGGUCCUGGCCUGACAGGUCUGCGCAACCUCGGCAACAGCUGUUAUCUGGCUUCGGUGCUGCAGAGCCUGUUCUCACUGCCCGCUUUCCAGAAGAGGUACGGUGAUGCGUACCGCCCGCAUACGCUCGCAUGCACCAAUCAGCCGGCAACAUGCUUCGAGUGCCAGAUGACCAAGAUUGCCGACGGUCUGCUGUCCGGUCGCUACUCGCAUCCACGCGAGCCCGAGCAAGACAGCACCUGGAAGGCGGCAGAUGGAGGCGAGGACGCACAGCAGCAGCCGCUGUUCCAGAAAGGCGUGCUACCCAGCAUGUUCAAAGGACUGGUCGGCAAGGGCCACGAAGAAUUCUCGACCAUGCGCCAGCAAGAUGCGGACGAGUUCUUCAAGUACCUGGUCGACAUUGUGCAGAAGGAGAACCGCACCGUUGCGUCCACCGCCUCAUCCUCCCCGACCGAAGAUCCUACCGCGAUAUUCGGUUUCGGCCUGGAACAGAGGCUCGAGUGUCUCUCCUGCCACAAGGUGCGCUACAGCAUCGAGCGGCAAGAUGCCGGGUUGAGCCUUCCCGUUCCGAUCCGCCAGAAAGCCGCUCUGGCCGACGCGUCGACCGGAAAGCAGCCAGCGGAAGGCGUGCAUGCCUGGGCUCCAGCGCCUGUACCCUCGACCAACACAGCAGCCGAAUACGAGCCAAUCUCGCUCACCGAGUGCCUCGACAUCUUCACCUCGCCCGAAGAGCUCGAGUACAACUGUCCCUCGUGCGCCCGCCAGGUCACCGCCACCAAGCGAACGCUGUUUACCACCUUCCCUCAGGUCCUUGCGUUGCAAGUGCGACGAUUCCAACUGCUCAACUGGGUGCCUCAAAAAGUGCCCGUGCCGAUCAUCGUCCCCGUCGACACGCCGCUCGAUCUCGACCGCUACCUGGGUCGAGGCAAGCAGCCGGGCGAAGAGGAGUUGCCGGAUGACGCACCUGCUUCCUCCUCCGCCGGUGGUGGUGAGCCGGAAUGGGAUGCGGGGGUGAUGUCGCAGUUGACAAGCAUGGGUUUUCCGGAGAUUCGAUGUAAGAAGGCGCUGCUGGCGACGGGGAUGGGGGAUGCGGAGGGUGCUAUGAACUGGUUGUUCGCACACAUGGAGGAUGCGGAUAUCGAUGAUCCGAUCGACUUCUCCACCACUGCCUCGGCACCCGCAGCAGCGGGUCCGGACACGAGCAUGUUGGAAGAGAUGGGCUUUACGUCCGCUCAAGCGCGCAAAGCUCUGCGGUUGAACGGGAACAAUCCGGAAGUGGCCGUUGCGUGGCUGUUCGAGAACCCCGAUGAUCCGGGUGAGGACUCGGCCCCUGUGGAGGCGGAAGGGGAAGCUUCGGGUGGAACAGGUGUGAUUCCAGGCUCGAGCGAGUUGCCCGCCAAAUACGCGAUUAAGAGCUUUAUCAGCCACAAAGGCCCCAGCGUCCACAGCGGACACUACGUGGCGCACGUCAAGCACGACGAGGAGUGGGUGUUUUUCAACGACGAAAAGGUGGUCAAGGCUCCGCUGGGACUGGAAGGAGAGGAUGUUGGGGUGAUGGGAUUGAGCAAGCAGGCGUACGUGUACUUUUUCGAGCGUAUCUGA